CUUCUCAUUUCAAAUAUUUGCAGUGUGAGUAGAAACCAAUAUUAUGGGGUUGUGGAAGACUUCAUUUGCCUUGGUUUGUCUCAUAAGCUUAACCCUACUCCCAUCCUCUCAUGCCCAAAACUCACCACAAGACUACCUCAAUGCCCACAACGCCGCUCGAGCACAGGUGGGCGUUGCCCCCUUGUCAUGGGAUACCAACUUAGUCAAUUAUGCACAAAGAUACGCUAACUCCCGCAUCGGUGACUGCAAUCUUGUUCAUUCUGGUGGGCCCUACGGCGAAAACUUAGCACAGGGCACCGGUGACUUGUCGGGCAAAGCAGCCGUGAACUUGUUUGUGAGCGAGAAAGCUAACUAUAAUUACAACUCUAACACUUGUGCUGCUGGGAAAAUAUGUGGGCAUUAUACUCAGGUUGUUUGGCGCAGCUCAACCCGUCUAGGGUGCGCGAAAGUGCGGUGCAACAAUGGAGGCACCUUCAUUGGAUGCAACUAUGAUCCCCCAGGCAACUAUGCUGGGCAGAGACCUUACUAAUUAACUAAUAUUCGACAAUCACUUAAGCGUUCAUUAAUUUUCUGUUAUAUUAAGUAUUUUCUGAUAUUAUGUAAGGCUAUAGCUAUGUUUUCAAGAAUAAAAUGAACUAAGAAGUGAUUGUCGUUUUUCUUACUAAGCUUUGUGAAAGAACUUCAUUUUGAUGUAUUUGAAUAAUACAAAUUUGGCAUUGUGCAUUAA